AUAAUAUAACUCAUCAAUUAAAUUAAUGCCGUGUUUGUCAAAUAUCGUCGGUGAUAAACGUUCUUCUCAUACUGAUAUUGCAGUUCAAACAAUGCCACUAUUACUUCACCAUUGAAAAGGACUAGGACAGAAAUGAAAUUUAACAUUUAGUUACAACUUCUAACGUUUAGGCCGAAAUUGGUUAAAUUCGAUCCAAAUCUAAAGUUUACGAGAUCAUGUCGGAAUAUAAAUUAUAGUAUAGUAUACACCUAGUGUUCCGUUUUCCUUGCUGCGUUACAGACUUCAUCUCCAGGUUUUCCUUGCUGCGGUACAGUCUUCAUCUCCGGGGUUUCCAAUAAUGCUGAGUAUUGUACUCCUGAUAUACCUCAUCGAUACAAUAUGUUAUAUAAAUACCUCAGAUAGUUCAGCCUUCUUCGAUGGAGUGAGCAUAAGCAGUUCACAAAUUUCUUCAUUGCAACCAUUUCUUCUAUGGGAGACAAAGUGCGCGUCAACACAAAUAUCUGCAGCUAGAUGUUUAGAGACAAUAACAUGCCUUUCUUUUUUUAAACAUAGACAGUCUGGUGUGUGUCAACUGUUUUCUGCUAAUGUUGACAUUACAUCUGGAAUGACCUCCCCUGAUAUGAAGAUUUACCAUAAGCAAGUCUCUUGUGAAGAACUUGGCUACAUAAGUUUGUCAUCUACAAAGAAGUGCUUGAAGCUAUAUGCCACGCCAACACUUUCGCGGAUAGAUGCAAAUUCUACCUGUGCAUCUGCUGGUGGAAAUCUUUUCAGUAUUACGUCGGCCUCCAUGUUUAGCGAAUGCAAUCGCUCAAUAUGACUCAACUUUUACUGCGUUUUUCGUCGAUGGAAAUGAUAUUGAGGCAGAGGCAAACUGGGUAUUUUCGGAUGGAUCCUCUGUUUCUUUUCUACCUUGGCAUAAUGGUCAACCUGAAUUAAGAAAAAAUGAAGACUGCAUGUUUGUUAUCGAUGAAAAAUAUCACGAUGCACCAUGUACUACUUAUUUCCAAAAGUUUAUCUGUGAAAGAGACUUUACAAUAACACUAUGAAGUUUUUGGAUUGUUGGGGGUAGAUGAAUUAACAGUAUUUUAUACAAACUUUCCAUGCAUGUUUCUGCAUGAUUAUUAGAAAUCACGAAGCGUAUUCAUGGAUAUUUUUAAAAAAUUACUAUUUAAAGUUAAAGUCUAAUAAUCAGUAAUAUGUAUGACUGUUUGCAAACCGAGUAAUAAAUUUUCAAUACCAUGGAAAA